AUGUCGACCAAGGCCGCCAAGGCCAUCGGGCUCCCGCCCGGCCUCAACUUCCACCCCGACGACGACGAGCUCGUCGAGUUCUUCCUCCUGCCGACCGUCCGCGGCGAGCCAGCCUGGUUCCCGGGCGUCAUCGUCGUCGAUGACGACACCGCCGCUAACACGGUGCCCUGGAAGCUCCUGGAGCGCCACGGCCUGGCCGGCGACGACGAGGCCUACUUCUUCGUGCGCACCAAGCAGGACGCCAAGGAAGCCGCCCGUCAGGAUCGCUACUGCGCCGGCGGCGCGAGGUGGGUCUCGCAGAGGCCCGUGUUCGGCGCUCGUGCAUCGGCGGCGAGAGGAUCGAGUGGAAAAGGAUCAACCUGA